CGUCCGUCGGAUCCUCUUCCUCCUCCACGCAUCUCCUCCCUCCUGAACACCUCCCCCCGUGGCUGCGCGUUGGUUUUUCGGGCUCCAGGAGCAGAUCCAUCCCUCUCCUCCACCUGGAGGCUUUUUCCCCCCGCUGUUGCUCCCAGCCUGCCGGGGUUUGCCGAGCCGAGCGGCAGGGACGCGAGAGGCGGAUGCUGCGAGCGUAGAGGAGGCAGGGUACCAGCCAGGAGCAUCACCGCACUCACCACGAUGGACAGAAUGAUUUUUCUCUCCCUCCUCCUUUGCUUGACUUCAGUUGCCAAUGGCAACAAAGCCAAUAAGCACAAGCCAUGGAUCGAGACGGAGUACCAGGGGAUUGUCAUGGAGAACGACAACACCGUCCUGCUCAACCCCCCUCUCUUUGCUCUGGACAAAGAUGCUCCACUUCACUACGCUGGUGAAAUCUGCGGGUUUCGGGUUCAUAAUGGUCCCCUGGGGUCAGGUUCAGUCCAGUUUGAAGCUGUGGUUCUGGACCGCUCCACCGGUGAAGGUCUGGUCCGGUCCAAGGAGCCGCUGGACUGUGAGAGCCAGCGGGAGCACAGCUUCACCAUCCAGGCCUACGACUGUGGGGAGGGACCUGAUGGAGUCAACAGCAAGAAAUCCCACAAGGCCACAGUGCACGUCCGUGUAAACGACGUCAACGAGUUCUCCCCCGUGUUUGUGGAACGUCGCUAUGAGGCUUCGGUCCCAGAGGGCCGUCUGUUCGACCGAAUCGUACGCGUGGAGGCUCUGGAUGCCGACUGCUCCCCGCAGUACAGCCAGAUCUGUUUCUAUGACAUCAUCACUCCCAAUGUCCCCUUUGCUAUUGACAACGACGGUAACAUUAAGAGCACCGAGCCGUUGGAUUCAAAGCGGCAGCGCGUUCACACCUUCUGGGUGACCGCCUUCGACUGUGGAAAGAAUCGUGCUCAGGCUGACGCCCAGGUCGUCGUCACGGUCAAACCGUCCUGCAAACCCGGCUGGAUUGGAUGGACAAAGCGUGUAGAGUACACACCUGGGUCAGGGAGCAUUCCUCUGUUCCCCGGCCUGCAUUUGGAGACCUGUGAAGAGACCGUGUGGAACAUCCAGGCCACCGUAGAGCUCCAGACCGGCCACAUUGGGAAGGGUUGCGACAGGGACAGCUACUCCGACCGAUCAGUGCGACGACUGUGUGGUGCCGUCAGAGGUGAAGUAGACCUCCUCCCACCUCCGUCGCCUGCAGCCAACUGGACCGCAGCUCUGCCCACUCUCCCUUCUUCGGAUUCAUCUCUGGUUUUCUCGUUCAACGGGUCCAAUCAUGUUGCUGUGGUGCCUGACUUGAUUGUGUCCGCGUUGUCAGGCGACCACUUUACCCUUCAGCUGUGGAUGCGUCGGGGCGGGGCUAACCUCCAGCCCUCAACCACUCAAUCCAGAGGAAAUCGCAAGGAGGAGGAGACUAUUGUGUGCAGCACUGUCAAGAAUGAGGACUCCUACUCUCAUUACUCCCUCUCUGUCCACGGCUGCCGCCUCUCCCUCUUUUACUGGCCGGAUGUCUCGGCUGCACGGCCCGUCAAGUUCUUGUGGAAACUAGAGCAGGUGUGCGACAGCGAGUGGCAUCAUCUCUCGCUCAGUGUCCACUACCCGUCAGUGACACUCUAUGUGGAUGGUGUGACCUUUGACCCCGCUAUCAUCCACGACAACGGAGCCAUCCCCAAUCCCGCUCCCCAUCAGAGGAUGCUCAUUGGAGCCUGCUGGGAGCCUGAAGAGAAGCAGAAGGCGAUAGUAAACAACACCAUCCCAGAAGGAAAAGACUCAGUGAAGUAUGUGGGUGGUUACCACGGCUUGUUGUCGGGGGUGACGGUGCGUCCGGGCAGCGUGGAGCCCCACAGCGUGGUGGAGUGUCUGUACGCCUGUAGGGAGGGACUGGACUUUGGAGACCUGGAGACUCUGGGGUCUGGAAUGAAGGUGCACGUGAACCCGAGCCAGUCCGUGUUGGUGCUGGAGGGAGACGACAUAGAGAGCUUUAACCGAGCAGUGCAGCAGGUCACCUACAGGAACUCGCUUCGAUUUGCCACCCCUGGAGUCCGUCCACUAAAGCUCACUACCUCUCUUAGAUGUUUCAAUGAAGAGAGCUGCCUUUCCCUCAAGCAGCUGGAAGGCUAUCUGGUGGUUCUGCAGCCGGACGCCCCUCAGAUCUCUCUGUCUGGGGUAGGCCCACAUCUGGCCCGUCCAGCCCCCGAGUUCGAAAGCCCCAGCGGGGUUCCCCUCUUCCCAGAACUCCGGAUCGUUUGUUCACUCUCUCACGCCAUCAACACAGCUGCACAGGGGAUGGAGGGUGGAGCUCUGAUGUCGGAUGCCGUCGCCCACACUUUAGAUGGUUGUGAGGUGCAGCCACUGGGGGAGGAGCUAAACCUGGAGAAGGAGGAGCUUCUGGUGGACAUGGACCUCGUUCGAGAGCGAGGGUUGGAGAUCAUCAAUACGACAGCUUACAUUGCCAUUACAGGAGCUGAAUCCAUCUCCGUGUAUGAGGACGUCCUUCGCUCUGUCCGAUACCGUCUGGCCAAAGGCUCGGCUCGUUUUGAGAGGAGGUUCCGCCUGUCCUGCUCCGAGAUGAAUGGCAGAUACACGAGCAACGAGUUGACUCUGGAGGUGAACUUCCUCCACUCCUUGGACAGCCUCUACCACCCGUCCCACCUGCUGGCUUCACAGCAGCAGUUUCUCCAUCCAUCCCACCAUUCUGGAGAGCUGAGUGGACACACUUUGCCCAAUCCACACCGGAACUCAGUGGUUCCAGGAGCAGCCACCGUCAUCAUCAUGGUGUGUGUGGGUUUCCUGGUUGUCAUGGUAAUCCUAGGUGUCUUCCGAAUUCGUUCCAUCCAUCGCCGAGGCGACAGUGCAAGGGGAGGGGCAAAGGAAGGAAGCAGCCAAUGGGAUGACUCAGCACUCACCAUCAUCGUCAACCCAAUGGAGCGUGUGCUCCCACAGACCUACGAAUCUCCUAUGGGCAUCUCUGCCGACACGGAGGGGGAGGGGGAGGAAGACGAGGAGGCAGCAGAGUCACCCGACGAUGCGAGCGACGACCAGCGAAUCAUCAUCAAGAAGGAGGGCAAAGAUGGAAACGCCCGUCGCUACUGAGCCACAUGUAUCUCUGCACGAGUUCUCAUGGAAACCACAAGAUCAGCGCUCCUCACACACACACACACACACACACACACACACACACACACACAAACACACACACACUUUUAACAUCAACUGCUGACACCACAUGUAUAAGGAAUGUAUGCUUACAAACACAACGCACAAUCACUGUAACACUCAACGCCAUAUGUGACCUAUAGCCAACAACCGGCUGUCGUUCUCCACCUAAAUGUUCAAUGGCACAAUGUAAACAGUCAAUGUAAUUAAAUCGCCUAACUAAGCCCCACCAAAAUUAUAUGUGGUCGAAAUCACAACACGGUGUCUGUGAAGUGCAAGGCUGGUUGAAAGGGACUGUUUUGUUUAAAUAACUGAUUGUAUUCUUCCUUUCUUAAUGAAAAAAGUCAAAUCUUCAAACCUGAAGUACGGUUUCUGGGCAAAGACGGAAUCCUUGAUGUUCACAUGUUUGAACUUGUUUAAUGAACUGACUCAAAAGGUCUUUGCACAAGCCCUUUUCUCCCUAUUUCUAUCAUCUCCUGAAAUAUCUCUUCUCCACCACAUUGUGAAGGCAAUGCGCUCACCUAUUGUGUUUAUAAAACCUCAAAUCAGAUCUCCUCACAUGCUUUUUUAUAGCAAGAUUGGUCUCCUACAUCCAUUCUUUGCUGUAUUUUGUUUACCCCCCCCCCCCCCCCCCCAACAACAUCGGAGCACGCACCAACCUCAGACCUCAACCUUCAUACAGGCGCUACUUCUGCAACACUCCAUAAAUACAAAAGCCUUCAAAAAAACAUGAAAUACUUUCUAAUUCAACUUGUUUUCAGCUUCAAACUGGAGUCUUUGCAAAGUUCCAGCUCGUGCAUUAGGAUGACAAAAGCAGCGCCUGACCUCUGACCCCCUGCCUGCCCAUCCAUGUCGCCCUCUGCACCAUUUCUCUCACUGUACACUCCUCAACUGAAUGUCACACGCAAACACACAAGAACACAGCAUCUACACCGCCACCUUAGUUUUUUCCAGAAUGUCCGCUCAGCUUGGGCAGUUUUGAUUGUAAUGAAUUUUCUGUACAUACAAAAUAUUGUUAUAUCUAUUAUUAUUAUUAUUAUUUUGUGUUCACUCUUUCUCUUUCCAGCACAUUUUAAGAGGGAGGCAAAUUGUGAUUUUCUUUCUUUUUUCCAUUUAAGGAAUCACCUUUCCAGCAUCAGAAAAUACUAUAAUGAUAAUAAUGAUAAUAAGAAUACUAUUAAUAUUAGUAGUGAUAAGGAUGAUCAUCUCCGGCUUGAUGAGUGUCUCUUUAGUUGUGUGUAAUAUUGUUGUAAUUUAAGCAUAUGUUCAUAUAAAUGAAAAGUAAAAAGGAGGGCACAUUGUUGUGAUGCUUCAAUACGUCUCACUCAUUCAUGCAUUAGACUGCAGGGUCAUUUUUCUUUCUUCCCAUUUAAAGAUAAAAUGCUUUUUAUUAUUAUCAUUAUUCCAAAUCUUAUUCAAAUGUCAUUUUCAGUCCUCUGAAUGUACAACUGUGUGCUUCUCCUCACCUUUCCCUCCUUCCACCUUCCUGCCCCCCCCCCCCCACCUCUCCCUCCGUGUCUCUUGCUGUCUGUCUGUGUAGCCUAUUAAUGUGCAGUGCGAAGGCUGUCAGUACAUAAAGCCUGUUGUUUUUGAGUGUGACGUUAAGAAGGAUUAAACAUUGCAUUGAAUAAUAACUUAUAUUAUUACUAUGUUCAGACUUUAUCUGUAAUAAUUAUAAAAUGCCAACAUGGAUUAUGCUAAGUAAUUAACUGUGGGAAAACGUUACAAAAUUCAUAAUAAAAACACUAUAUGACAUCUCCA